UUGAGGUUAUGGUUCCGAAUGUUUUCUCAAAAUCGUGAUUUAAAACGUAGUGAUUGUCCAAUUUUGGCAAUAAUAAUUGCCAUUAAAGCUUAAAAACACGAAUAAACCGUUUGUUGUCUCAUCUUGUAUACAAAACUGUCAUUACGAAUUUGAAACUAAUUAGAGGUUAUGUUUACCCAAACAAAUUUCCUCGUUAUUUCGGGUUUAGAUUAACAAAGCGACCCAAGUAUUAAAAAUCUUGAAACCAAUAUUCGAACUUUGGCAGUUUUCUACUAAUACAAUCCAAUUACAAAAUGCGGAAAAUUUGUAGGUUAUGUUUGGCGGAAGCCCCCAUAGCACACUCACUGCUGAACAGUAAAUAUGCACAGAUGUUACAAGCGCUCACGUCUAUCACCCUGGAAGUUGAUGAGGAAAUAAAUUCAAUGUGCCUCAAAUGUAGCCUAAACUUGAAGCUAGCAUACACAAUCCAACAAAAAAUACUGAGGGCUCACGAAAAGCUAAAAAAGUCCCGUCUUGAUGAUACGACCAUUCACAAAUUUGAAGCAACUGAAACCACUCCAAGUCCAGUGCAAAUCAAGCAAGAAAACCGCGACGAAAUCACAACCAAAUGCAUAAUUUGUAGCACAGUUGUGAAAAAUGAGUGUCUUUCGUCACACGUGGAGAGCCACUUCAACGACAAGCAAUUCUGUGACUUAUGUAAAGAGAAUUUCACCAAUCUUGACUCAUAUCGUUCCCAUUUACAAAAACACCCUGAACUCUCUCUUUAUAAAUGUAAAAAAUGCAACCUGACGUUCCGCUACCACUCCCUAUACACCAUCCACGUGAAAGCCGCCCACACACCACCCCCAACGAAAAUCAAAAAACGCCCAAGUGACAGACUCGCCAAACAACUAGACAAACUCCACAAAAAAGGAAUCGGGAGCGAACUCGCCAAAAAACUGCUCUCCAUAUCCACCGAAGCCGCGUCAAAUUUCCCCCUUCAACCACCACAACUCCAAACUUUCGUUUGCGACUUCUGCGACCGCCAAUUCCCCGAUAAAAACAAGCUAAGACACCACAAAUCCGGCCACUUCCGGCGCGAGUGCCCCACGUGUCAUAAACACAUCACCCUCCCGAACUUCUCCAACCACGUGAGGAACCACGACAGCGGCCCCCAGGUGUGCGAGCAGUGCGGCAAGACCUACGACAGCGUGGAGAAGCUCCGCGGCCACGUUUUCUACCAACACAGCAAAAAGAAGUACGAAUGCGAGGAGUGCAAGGUCACGUUCAAGAACCGCCACGGCCUCGGCACCCAUCGGAAGCGCGAACACAACGGCAGCGGCCACAUCUGCGAGACCUGCGGUCGGAAAUUUUUGUUCGCCUAUUGGCUGAAAAAGCACAUCCAGUCCACCCACAUGAAGAUGAGGCCCCACAUCUGCGAGUUUUGUCAGCGGGCGUUUUCGGGGAGGAACGCGCUUCUCACACACAGGAGGCAACACACGAUGGAGACCCCGUAUAAGUGCGAGGUUUGCGGGGAGGGGUUCAGGCAGAACGUGUCCUUGAAGGCGCACAGGAAGAGCAAGCACAAUAUCGUGGAGGCGGUGACUUGUAAGUGUGAGGUUUGUGGGAAGGGGUUUGCGUCGGAGCACGCGGUCAAGGCCCAUAUGAAAUGUCACUGAUUUUUUUUGUAUAUAUUUACACGUAAAUACAUGUUAAGACAAGUUAAAUAUAAUUUAUACAGAAAAUAAA